UACAUACACGUAAUCCUGAAUUUUGGCGGUCGAGAGCGCAGCAGAAAGAAAUUUCCACUCGGCUUUAGCUCUGCUCAUCCUUCUUCUUCUUCUUCUUCAUCAUCCGCCUGCUGCUGCUGCCUGUCUGCCUGCAACUGCUAGCUCCAAUCUUCUUCUCUUCUUCCCCAUUCUCAGGAUAACUCGAUCUAGGGAGAGAUAGCAGACGAUAGAUACGAUGAGCAUGAAUAUGGCGGCUUCUUUAGCUAGGGGAGAUACAAUCCUCUGCACUCACGAACCCCGAUUCGGAAUCUGCAACUCCCCUUCUCUCCACCCGGGGCAGCCCCUCCGAUGCCUCGUUCAGACUCGAUUGCGACCGUCUGUCUCCAUUUCGACACGCCAUCAGCCGAUCAGGAGGGUAGAGGUCUUGGCCAGAGCAGCCGAUUCGCCAUCUUCCGUCAGCAAGGCCGUCGUCCCUGACGAAGGGUUCUCUCUCGCCAAGGUGUCAUUUGGUGUUAUCGGAUUGGGUGCUGGGAUCUCCUUAUUGUCUUACGGGUUUGGAGCGUACUUCAAUGUACUUCCAGGAUCAGAAUGGUCAGCCUUGAUGUUAACCUACGGCUUCCCGCUUGCAAUUAUUGGCAUGGCUCUCAAGUAUGCAGAGCUCAAGCCAGUGCCGUGCUUGACGUAUUCAGAUGCACAAGCGCUGAAGGAAACAUGCGCCACCCCAAUCUUGAAGCAGGUGAAAAAUGAUGUCACAAGAUACCGUUAUGGGGAUGAGCAGCAUCUGGAUGAAGCUUUGAAAAGAAUCUUCCAGUAUGGUCGGGCUGGAGGAAUCCCACGAGGGAGUGCGCCUAAAUUGCAAAUGAUCCGUGAAGAAGUCACUGAGGAAGGUAAAUACUGCUUAGUUUUGGUAUUCGAGGCAAAGGACCUGCAGCUGUCUGAUUUUGAGCAAAGACAGGCAAAGUUUGCUUCAUUCUUUGGACCUGGGAUUGCGGCUGAAAUCGGGAAAGGAGAAGAUAAUCUGUAUGAAGUGAAAUUAAUCUCCAACACGACUCCCAGUGCUUCAUCAUAGUGGACACCAUUUACUCUCCUAUUCAUUGAUUUAGGUCCAACUCAGAAUCAGAAAUGUAGCACCGGUAGCCCCAUGUGAAGUACAUUGUAUGACGUAUGCCCGUGUAAUCUUCUUGUAUAUGUGAAUUUUCAAUUUUGAUAGGUACAUGCCACUACUUGAAAGGAUGGAAUGAAGUACACUAUAUACAAAUAUCAUUAUGUUUGAUUCUCUUUUUCGUA